CUCAUACUUGAAUCAGCAUUCUUCACAGCAAAGUAAUGAGUUCGAUUUAUGUAGGCUACGACGAAAUUCAAACAGCGCCGAACGGUAUUGCUAUAACAACUCAGAUACUACGAUUCAGGAGACCUUACAGCCCAUGCAGACUUUUCUUGGUGUAUUGCAACAUCUCAGACGGUGUCGUAUCUUCACUGAUCCGCAAGGUUUGGGAUGGGCUUAUGUUUUUGAGCGUCUGGUGCGAGACGUUUGCGAACCAUGGUACCGAGCGGAUUUUGACCACGGGUGCCUGAUCCACCGUACCAGAUAUAUGGCAGAGAUGCACACCUAGAAAGACUUCGCGUUGCACACCACUACGUCUUCACGACUGCCACGAUUUCUUGCCAACGUCUGCAUUAUCCCUUUUAUCUCGCCUCGUACUACGAUCUGCUCCUCGAUAGCGCCGCUUUCCCGCGAGAUGUCUUUUCAAGAGGCAAAUACUCCACUUACCUCUUCACCAAUCCAACGAAUAGGCCAUGGAGAUGUGUCAAGCCAGACUUCUCCUCGUCAUGUUACGCCUCCUUUAACCUUCAUGGAACUACCCAUGGAUAUACUUCUCCUCAUCUCCGACGAGCUGUCUCUAGUCAGCAUGGUCGCAGUCUCUCGAACAUGCAGUGCCAUGAGGAAUCUACUACAUUCCAAAUGUGUAGCUGCUAUAGCCACCAUCAGGCUUCCAACGAAAACAAUCGAACGUUGGGUUUUCCUGGCAGAGCGUACCAACUACGAGCCCGGCUGUCUACUCUGCAUGCCCUGCCGCAAACGACAUAACAUCGAUCCUUCGGACAUUUCGGACGUUCCAUCGGGCCGUCCGAGCUUUAGUAAUGAAUGUCGUUAUCCCUGCGGCGCAAGCUGGACAGUGAGGAACCACCUUCGCCAUCAUCACGCCAGCGCUCUUUUUCCAGCAUACAACCAGAUUCAGCUAGCGCUCAAGUACGCUCGUAAAAGGAACGCUCCUCAUCUCCUAUCGAGUCUACUGGCACCACAGACUGGUUUGCCUACGGAUGGGAAUAUUUGGGACUGCGUAAAAGUCGCCGACUUUAUUGCUCGCCCGAAGAUCGUGAAUAAUCGAUUUCUACUUCACUCGACAUGGAAGCUCAACCUACCUAACAAAGUCCGUUCAACCCUAACUAAAGCUGUGGCCAACUCGCUUCCUGAUUUCCGGAUUUGCUUGCACCACGGUCUCAAUUUGGGCUGGAUUGAACGGGAGCUGUUUCGUACGAGACUGGGCGCAGGAUCGCAGAUAUGUAGCAGCGGGUGCGCGUAUUGCCCUAUCGGCUUCUCUAUUGGGGUUAUUGUAAAGUACAGUAUCUUCCAGAUCUGGCAGGAUCUUGGGACCCAAGGACCACCUACGGAUGCGCCGUGGCGAAGUGUCAAGUUGGACAGCUCCUACCCGAGAAAUGACGAUGGUGAAAUACUUCGUGCUUUUGGGAGCAUUAGAGACACGUAUAAUGAGGCGUAA